AUGCACACCACCACCACCCUCCUCACCCUCUUCCUCACCACACUCACAGCCGCCCACCUCCUCCCACCCCAACCCCCUCACCCUUACAUCCUCCCUCGCGCCACCACCCCAUCACCCCAAGACCACUGCACCUUCACCCUCUACCACAAACAAAUCUCCUCCAACCCCCGCAAAAACUACAUCUACCUCCCCACCAUCACCGAUCACGCAAACGGCCUCGUCAUCGACAUCGCAGCCACGAAACCGGCGACGGAACGUAAUUCGUACACAAGGCUGUCGGCGACGCAGAAGUAUGCUGUUAAGGGGUUGUUGGGGGGUGAGGCGUUGACGAUUAGUGGCCGGGAUGGUGGGAAUGGGUUGGGGUUUGAGAUGGGGGGGUUGAAGUGGGAGGCUGAUGGGAAGAAGGAAAGGGUUGAGGGAGGCGAGGCGGGGUGUCAGGUAGGGGAGUGGGUAGAGAGUGGGUUGGUUAAUAGAGAACGAAAAGUUGAGUGUGCGUUUCCUUGCGGGAAGAUUGAAGAGGAGGGAGAGAGGGAGGAGUUGAAGUAG